UAAUUUAUUAGGGGUUUACAGAUUAUUUUUAUUCCCACGUCAUUCCAUUUCGCGUAUAAGAGUCAAAGAGAUUACAAGGCGUCAUUUUGAUUAUAAUCAUCGUCGCACGUGGUCGUUUGUGACUUGAAUGUGUUCAAAAUGAUUUUCGUAGCUUUGCUUUGUAUUCUAGUGGUUGUGAUAUUUAUAAUAUCGUGGAUCAAGUUGUUGGGCCAGUGUAAGAGAUUCAAUGUUCCAGGACCGACACCAUUGCCAAUAUUAGGAAAUGCUCUUAUGUUUAUGGAGCAAUCUUCAGAUUUUCUGAUUCUUCUGACACGUUUGUGGGAAAAAUACGGAGAUGCGUUUAGAGUUCAUUUUUUAAUGCAUGCUCAUGUCAUUCUGAGCCAUCCAAAAUAUGUCGAGCCACUAGUGUCAAGCUCAGAAUUAAUAACGAAAGGCAGAUCCUACAUCUACUUACUAGAUUGGCUAGGCGAAGGACUUCUCACGGCGACCGGGGAAAGAUGGCGAAUUCACCGCAAAUUCUUGACGCCUGCUUUUCACUUCAAUAUACUGCAGCAUUUCUUACCAGUAUUCUGCAAAAACGCGCAGAUAUUCAAACACAAACUUCGUGAAAUCGCAGACGGCAACUCGGUUAAUAUUUUCCCAAUUGUGGCUUUGGCUGCAUUAGACAACGUUACUGAAUCCAUCAUGGGUGUAUCGGUCGACGCGCAGAAAAACAGCGAGUCUGCGUAUGUUAAAUCGAUUGAAAUUUUAUCACAAAUCGUAGCGCUAAGAAUGCAAGUUCCGAUAUUCGGAACAGACUUUAUAUUCAAUUUGUCGCCGUACAAAAGUAAGAUGGAUAAGGCAUUGAAAAUAGUGCACGGCCAAUCAGAAAAAGUGAUUGAAGCCAGGCGGCAGGAGUUGGAGAAGAUGAAUAUGACAAGCCUGAAGGACAGCAGCGAACUCGGAAUUAAAAACAGAUAUGCCUUUUUGGAUUUAUUGUUACUAGCCGAAAUUGAUGGUCAAAGGAUUGAUAAUAAGAAAAUUAGGGAAGAAGUCGACACAUUCAUGUUCGAGGGUCAUGAUACUACGACAUCAGGAAUAGUGUACAGUCUGUUUUGUAUUGCAAAACAUGAAGAAGUUCAAGAGAAGGUUUACGAAGAACAAAUGGACAUCUUAGGCGAUGCGGACGUGGACCCUACUUACCAAAAUCUACACCAAAUGAAAUAUUUAGAUUUGGUACUUAAGGAGUCAAUGAGGCUUUAUCCGCCAGUGCCAUUAAUUGAAAGAAGAAUGACGAGGGACGUAAGUAUAGCAGGUAUAAAUCUAUGUAAGGGAGAUUCGCCGAUGGUAAGCAUAUUCCACAUGCACCGGAAUCCUGAAUUGUUUGAAGAUCCUCUGGAGUUCAGACCGGAGCGUUUCAGUACUAAUUCCACCGGCAGCCCUUUCAGUUGGAUCCCGUUCAGCGCAGGCCCUAGAAACUGCAUCGGUCAAAAAUUUGCCAUGAUGGAAAUGAAGGUGACCAUAUCGGCGAUAGUCAGAAAAUACAAGUUGCUGCCAGUAGAUCAUGAACCGAUGUUGACCGCAGACCUCAUACUGCGCUCCAAGAACGGAGUGUGCAUUCGUAUUUUGCCCAGAGCUGAAAACUAAUUACAGCCAUAAAAACGAGAGGAGUUCAUUUUGCAUAUCCAGAGUUAAAAAUCUUUGCUAUUAGCCACAUAUAAGAAGAAAAAAGCACUGUAUAUACUUAGGUUUAAAGGUUUUGUAUUCUUCAAUUCACUACUAAUUAAGUGAGGUACUAUAAACGGAAGAAUUUUCAAAUAAAAGGAAAUACUGUUUUAUUUAUCAAAAUAUGGGUCUAAAUUGUCUUUCGCAUUUCCAUACUAUGUCAGGUGAUUAAAAUGUUCAAAAACAGGCCACAGAAUAUAACCUUUCAUAGAAUAUUAGUUAAGGUAAAUAAUUAGGUAAUAAAGUAUCAAAAUUGAACUAUAACACAUAAUUAUUUAUAAUACAAUAUAAAUCUAAUUUCUAGAAUCAAAACUGUUUAAUUUCGUUGCAUGCUUUUGCAAUGAUACCUACUAACACUAAAGCGGUAAAAACUUGGCUAACUGGCAUUUUCCGGUGAGUGGCAUUGCGACUUUCUAAUCAAUCGUUGGUUAACAAAUAAGGAAGUCCAUAAUUUUGCCAACAGGAGAAUAACGUAGUUUUUUUUAUUAAUUAAUGUUAUGCGGCCAUCAAAGCUGUCCUUCGAUUACAACGCUCGUCAUUGCCAAAACACGGAUAUGCCUCUGUAGACAGAAUAUGGCCCCUUGACCUUAAUGACUUAAACUUAUAUUCUAAACAUUUUUUUUCUGCACCUACGUACUAUAUUAUAACAUAUAUAGUACGUAGGUUACAUUAUAACAUAAAGUUUUUUUUUACAAAUUCAAAUCGCGCGGGUUAUUGAAAAUGCUUUAUCGUAAAAAACCUCUAUGAUCGAUAGUACAGAUUUAUUGAAUGACUUAUAUUUUUUGUGAUUUAUUUCUGGGCAGGUGGGUGCUCGUGCACCUACUUGCACCCUCUGCCGGCGCCCAUGCUUCUAAAUUGCAUCAACCGGUUCGUCACAUGGAAUUAGAUGCUGACGAUCAUGACAAAUAAUCUUUUGGUCGUCAAAUAUAUACUGCGAGUACAGUGCUUUUAUAAUAAAUAUUAAGCAGGUUCAAUAAUUACCUAUAUUGCAGGUAAUAAAAUAUAUGGAAUGCAUUUUAUUAUUGUGUAGGCACGGCGACAUUUGCAACUCGUAGGUACCAUAGUUUACGAACAUACUUUAUUUUAUAGUGUGAUGUCAUAUUUAUGUUUAUGCAAAAUUAAAAUUAACGAUAUAUUUUAAUUAUAAUUUUAUUGGUACAGAAAUAUGUUAAUUGGUAGUAGAUUUAGGCGAUAUACGUAAUUCAAUGAAAUGUGUAUAAUAAAAGUAUUUUUUGUUUAA